CCGGUUACCGCGCAGGCGCAGAAGGCUCCCUUAGAACGCGUGCGACUUAGGUAUUUUUUGAAGUAGCUCCUGCCUGGGCAACCAUGGUGACAGAAAAGGAAAUUGAACAGAUUGGCCGGACGCUGGUGGACGCUGACCAACCCCUAAAAGCCCGUUUCCGGGCGCUAUUUACCCUCAGAAACCUAGGGGGGGCUACAGCCAUUGAGUGGAUCAGCCGAGGUUUUGGGGACGACUCUGCGCUCCUCAAACACGAACUGGCUUACUGCUUAGGGCAGAUGCAAGACGAGAGAGCGAUUCCAGUCCUUAUUGACGUUCUCCGAGAUGCUAGCCAGGAAGCCAUGGUCCGCCAUGAAGCUGGUGAGGCGCUGGGUGCCAUUGGGAACCCCAAAGUUCUAGACGUCCUGAAAAAAUACUCCGAAGACCCUGUCGUCGAGGUGGCAGAGACGUGUCAGCUGGCCGUGAAGAGACUGGAAUGGCUUCGGGAGCACCCGUCAGAUGCGUCCUCCGGUCCCUACUCCUCCGUAGACCCGGCGCCUCCGUCCGAGGAGGCGGACGUGGAAAAGCUGCGGCUGGCUUUGCUGGACGACUCGCGGCCGUUGUUUGAGCGAUACCGGGCCAUGUUUGCCCUGCGCAACGUUGGCGGGGAAUCGGCCGUCCUGGCCUUGGCGGACGGCCUCCGCUGCGGCAGCGCCCUCUUCCGCCACGAGGUCGCCUACGUUCUGGGACAGAUGCAACACGAGGCCAGCGUCCCGCAGCUGACGGCCUCGCUGGAGAACGGCGCCGAGAGCCCCAUGGUGCGCCACGAAUGCGCCGAGGCCCUGGGCUCCAUCGCCCGGGCCUCCUGCCUCUCCGCCUUGCAAGCCCACACCCAGGACAAGGAGCGCGUCGUACGGGAGAGCUGCGAAGUGGCGUUGGACAUCUACGACUAUGAGAACGGCGGUGAUUUCCAGUAUCCCGACGGGCUGAGCAAGCUGAAGAAAUCGGACUGAAAAGGGCGCAGGGAGCCGGCCGGGUCUCAGCGGCCGCCAUCUCAUCCCGGUUUGGAUUUCCGCAGCGGCGGACGGGGAGACGCAAGACAUCUUGCCUCCGUUUCUAAUUUGCGGCCUGUUUCUCUGCUCGGUGGUUGGUGCGUAACGGGUACCUACAUCUCGAUAGCGGGUUCUGUUCCGGAUCUGGUGCCUUUUCCGUUUCCCCCUCUCUCGUUUUUGCAAAUAUAUGUCCACGCGUAUUUA